AUGAGUCGAGGAGGUAGUUCUGGAUAUGAUCGAAUGAUUACCGUCUUUUCGCCUGAUGGACGACUAUAUCAAGUUGAAUAUGCAUUCAAGGCAAUAUCCGGUGCUGGCCAGACAUCGGUGGGAAUACGAGGCCUCGACUCGGCUGUCGUCGUCACCCAGAAGAAAGUCCCUGACAAGAUGUUGGAUCCAUCUACAAUCACUCACAUCUUCCAAUUGACUCCUUAUCUGGGCUGUGUCAUGACUGGUCUCAUUGCUGAUGCUAGAGCUCAAGUCGCUCGUGCUCGAAUGGAAGCUGCCGAAUGGAGAUAUAAAUACGGAUACGAAAUCACUGCUGACAUGUUGGCUAAACGUGUGGCAAACAUCAACCAAGUAUAUACCCAACAUGCUGCUAUGAGGCCUCUAGGUGUCUCCAUGAUUCUCAUUGGUUAUGAUGAAGAAAAGGGUGCUCAAUUGUUCAAAUGUGAUCCUGCUGGAUACUAUGUUGGUUACAAGGCUACUGCGGCAGGUGCCAAACAACAAGAAGCUCUAAAUCACUUGGAAAAGAAGCUUAAAAAGGAACCCAAGUUGUCUGAUGACGACACUGUUGAGCUGGCCAUAACAACACUAUCAACCAUCUUGUCAAUGGAUUUCAAGGCUGCUGAUAUCGAAAUUGCAGUCGUAUCCAAAUCAAGCCCCAAAUUCCAAACACUGUCGUCUGCUGAAAUUGAAGCUCAUUUGACUCGAAUCACUGAAAAGGAUUAA